UGGUGGUGGUGGGUGGUGGUAGUGGCAACGGCAACAACGACAACGACAACGACGACAACGACGACGACGACGACGACGACGACGACAACACGACGACAACGAAGACGACGACAACGGUGGUGGCGGUUUUGCCUUCGUUGCUGUGUGUUCGGAAACGUGCAUAGGUGUGACUGCGCAGUCGCUAUUUGUCACAGCCUCAGCACUGACGAUCCCUGGGCCAAUAACUAUAUCUCCAGUAAUAUCAAAUGAUGACUGCAACUCAUGAGCUUCAACAACAGCAAAACGUUCAGCAGCAACAACAGCAUGUUCAACAACAGCAACAACAAGUGCAGCAACAACAAGUUCAGCAGCAGGUGCAACCACAACAACAACAAAUUCAACCCCAAGUGCAGGCGCAACAACAGAUUCAGCAGCAAGUUCAACCCCAACAACAAAUGCAAGUACAACAGCAAGUGCAGCAACAAGUACAGCAGCAAGUACAGCAGCAACAACAGCAGCAGCAACAGCAACAACAGCAGCAGCAGCAGCAGCAACCGCAACAACAACAAAGUAAUGGGCCACAUAAUGUGGUACCUACACAAGUACAAGUACAACCACAGGUAGCAGCAAGUAUGCCCCAACAACAGUUACAAGGAGCAGUUGCCGUAUCAAUGCAUCAUCAGCAGCAAGGUGUUGGUGGUGUAUCUAUGGCAUUGUCUGGUCAACAAGGUGCAACAACCAUAACUACAAUGGCUGCGCAUCCCCAGGCAGUUCAAGUUAUUCAACAACCAAUACAAAGUCAAGCAUAUCAUUUGCAACAACUUUAUAAUACUCAAGCUCCGUUAUUGAUGCCUGGAAAUUUGGCUCUUCAUCCUGCUGGAAUAAAUCCAUCUUCGAUUCAGAACACUUUGCAGGUUACAACAGCUGGUAAGCCUUUUCAGUCUGCAGCUCAAUUGACACCUCAUAUGUUAACUACAGCAUCAACACCUGACCAAGGUACAGGUCAUCCUGGUGCAGGAGGGACUAAAGUACAAGGAUUUCCAACAAGUUAUUUACCCGUACCCACUUCUGCUACUCCUGAUGCAGGGCAGGCAUUGGUUUUUGGGCAGCUUGGCGUUUUAGGUUCACCACAGCCUCCGCCAUCGUUACAACAACAACAGCAGCAACAAUCAGCAAAUAAGCAAGAUCAAGUACAAAAGUAUACCACAUGUACAGCGGGUACUCCAUCCGGUGCAAGAGGACCGGGAAUGCAAUUUGCACUAUGGCAGUUUGCACCUCAAGUCUGGACUGGAUUACAACCGCCAGCUGUUCUUACUGCUGCUCCAAACCAAAUAUUUAUUCGAAGUCCUACACAACCUGAUAUGUUCAUUCAAAGUCCACAGCCCAUCCAAGCACAUAAUGCGUUAGCCACCCAACAACAGAUUCAAGGAGUACAGCAAAUUGCCGCCGCUAGUGGGAAAGCGAAAGUAAUGGACAUACAACAAUAUCAGGCGAUGAAAAGCAAGCAGAGCACAGGCGGACAGCGGCCACUUAGCAUUUUACCAUCCUCGCUGCAAACUGUCAAUAUACGAGCUGCAAGUUCUGUUUCUACACAAACUGUUCAUGAAGUACAAGUCACGGUACACGCACAGAGUGGUAAAGUGAGUGGGAGCGGAAGUAAAGGACGUGGUAAACCAAUGCAGUCGCCUCAACAACAACAACAGCAACAGCAGCAGCAGCAACAACAACAACAACAGCAGCAGCAGCAACAACAGCAACAGCAACAACAACAACAACAAACACAACAGGCAAUGCAACAACAGCACCAACAAGUUUUCAUUCAACAAAAGCAACAUCCUCAGCAACAACAACAGCAGCAGCAAUUACAACAACAGUAUCAACAACAACAAGUACAAUCAUCUCAACAACAAAUUCAACCCAAACCUAUAAUGGGUAAGAAAUAUUCUUUGAUGAUAAAUGUAGCAGGUAUGACCCUACAACAACAGCAGCAACCUGGGGUAGUCUUAGGUAGUGAACCAAGACCUAUUAUGCCUGUAGUAUCAGUAGGAAGUGUAGGAGUUGGUGUUGCUGCUACAUCACAAAUAAACCAAGUACAGCAACCUCCUAUGUCUGCUGUACAACAGCUUCCAUUAUCGGUACAAAACUAUUAUCAUACUAUAAAUCCGACGAUAAUAGGCAAUCAAAUAGUAAGUGGAGCAUCGCAAGUUCAAUCUGUACCAAUAGUAAAUCGACCGACUGAACAACAACCUCAUGAUCCUAAUAACACUACAAUGAUGAUAACAUCACCCGAUCGUAAUCAUCAAGCUGACUGUUCAAUAAUUCUGCCAUCGACAAAUCUUCCUACUGCUAAUGAUGAUAAUGUUAAAUCCGGAAAAAAAGAAGAAACUGUAUCAAUUACUUCGGAAGAGAUAUCGGUUUCCCAGCCAGAUGUAUCAGAUAACGAUCAUUCGAAAGGUCAAGUAAAAGAAGAGGAAAAUAAUACUUCAAAAACAGAUGAGAAGACAUGCAAUAAUCCUUUAGCUGGACUCGCUAAUACAGUCAAUUCUAUUACCAAUGGCGCAGCUAAUGAAGAAUCAACGAAUGUUUCUGUAUCUGUUCCUCUCACAGCAAGUAGUAAACAUGCACCUCCUAAGGCAAUGGUUAAACCUCAGGUCCUUACACAUGUGAUUGAAGGAUUUGUUAUACAGGAAGCGUCUGAACCAUUUGCAGUUAAUCGAACAUCCCUAAAUAAUACAAUGGGUCAAGAUGCAACAAAUAUUUUAAAUCGUAACAAUUCCUCUGAAAAAGAUAAUCACGAAGAACCGCCAAGAAAAAAACACGCUCCGAAUUACAACGUAGAUGAAGAUGGGAACAAUGCUCAAGUUGGAAAAUGUGAAAGUUGUGGUAACAUGAUUGAUGAACAAAGUAUUAAAUUUAAAAAGGAUAAACGUUUCUGUUCUGCAAUUUGUGCAAAAAGUAAAAAGCGUGAAUCACGUGAACGAGAUAUAAUGGAAAAACAAUGGACGGAAAUGGAAAUUGAAACUAAAACUAUUGAUGUAGAAAAUAAUAAGAAAAAUGGUGAAGAUAAAUCAUUAUUAUCAACGACAACAACAACAACAACUACUUCCACGGUAGAUGAUUCAAUUCCAAAAGUGAAUCCUGUGAAAUGGACGGUAGGAGAAGUGUGCGAAUUCAUACGUGGUUUGCCAGGUUGUGCUGAUUAUGCAGAAGACUUUGCUAUUCAAGAAAUCGAUGGACAAGCUCUUAUGUUGUUAAAGGAAGAUCAUUUGAUGUCUGCCAUGAGUAUUAAAUUAGGACCUGCAUUAAAAAUAGUAGCCAGGAUCGAUUCUAUGCGCAUAGAAUCAAUGUCAAAUUCUAAUCCUACAUCUAAUAGCUCAUAAAUUAUUUCCUUUUGCAUUUGAUUUUAUAUAAAACUUGAGUUAAAGUAAUUUAUGGGCUGCAGAGGGUUUGUGCAAGUAUUCGAUUCAAUAUAAAAUGAUAAAUAUUUGAUUAUCUGCAAUAUAACAAGACUCAUUUUGUAAAUACUUAAUUUAGGUUGUAAUAGGAGAGAAAAGAAUCAUGUAAUUCAAUUACAAUUUCAUUUCUACGAACCUGAUAAAAGUUUGCAGAAUUGGAAGGAAAUUUAUUAAAAAGAAAAAGAAAAAAGCAAAAAAAAAAACAAA